GUUCCUUGUCCACUCCCACUACACCUCCUCGCAAGCCUGAAAGGCAACAGAAAAUGGCAUCUGUAGAAGCUCUCCCACGAACGCACUUGCUAUCUCUCCCACCCGAGGUCCGCGAGGAGAUCUACCGUCUCCUUCUCUGUCCCGCAGCGAAUUGCACGGUGCACUCCGACGAAUAUAUCACGUAUCGCUAUGGACCCGCCCUACAGCUCCUUCUCACGAACCGGCUCAUCUACAUUGAAGCCCGCAAAGUCUUCCGCGACCUAAACCAAUUCGUCCGCAUCGAAACUCCAUGGCCCGAGGCACGAAACCACGUAGCGACCGAAGGGCACGUGCCCAUCAUAAUCGCUGACCAGAAGGCUGCAAAAUUUGAUAAGCAUGUUAUGGUGAUGAGCAUCGAUGCCCCCCAGCAUUCGAGUUUGCAAUGGGAUGUUCAGAAAUUUGUCAUCUUGGCAGACGAUGUGGACAAGUUCGCGGAGAUGUGGAUGUAUUCAGGUCUCACGCAUCCUGGUCUCAACGAACACUUGCGACUGAUCCUAGAAUUGCGAGAUCCGUAUCGCCUGGAGGGCGAGGAGAAGAAAAUUUCAGAAGCCUUGCAGAAGAAGUUGUUGUUGCCGUUUGGUGUGAUCAAGAACUUGAAUGCUGUGUCGAGGGAGGAUGGGACAGUAUUUACCGGAACACUAUGCCCGUCUCCGAAUAUCGAAAAAGAGUUGAGGAAAUUGCAGACCGAGCCAUAUCACAGUCCGGAGCAUUGCCUACGGGAGGCCACGAGGCUGAAAUUCGAAGGGAAUGCAGAGCUGGCAAAACGCAAUUUCCAGGGUGCGCUGAAGUUAUACAAUGAUGCAUGGAAAGCGAUGCAUAUUGUGGUGAAGGGAAAGCAACGCCACAUUCACGCCGAUGCGUUCUUUGCGCGAGAGCUGAGGGAAGAACCGUACACUGGGAAGAAUGGCCAAACGGAGCGCUUGAUGCUGAGGAUACAACUCGUGGCGAACACGUGUGAGGUAUACCUGAGGAUGAAAGAAUGGUGGUUGUGUCAUUUUUGGGGAAUGCGGACGAUCAACAUGCUACGAGAUGCGAUACAUACAGAGAAUGCUGAGCUUUUGGCCCCUGAAGACGAGGCUGUGCGAGAAUUUCCGGGCGCUGCUCAGAUGGGAAAGAUUUAUUACCGAACUGCUGUUGCAUCAAAAGAGCUUGGUAAUGAGUAUGAAGCUCGAAGACUGUUGAGGGUAGCAAGAGCCUACCUGCCGGACGAUGAAGCCGUGAAGAGAGAGAUUGCGGCGACAGCGCUGAGUCUUGGAGGCCCUUCGCCACAUCCAUGGGCACGAACUUUCGCACCGCAAAGCUGA